GGUUACUCUGUAAUGCUAUACGAAUAUGAAAAUGUUCGCAUCUUCAAAUUUGGUACUCUGUAAUUUGACAAUCGCAGUAAAUUUUGAAAUUUUCGAAUUUAGUUUUUCCCUUUCGCAUUAGCGGUACUCUGCUUUGCUAAAGCAAUUGUCAAACAUGCGUUAUAUUCGUAAUUUUUGUGCUACAAGUAUAAAGAAGUCGCAUUGCUUGAAAAUGGAAGCACCGAAAAUAAAACAACAAACUCAACCAAAGCAAUUUGAAAUUCUCGUGGAUUUCAUGAAGGCGCAUCCCGAUUUAUCGAAAGGAUCACUAAAAACACCAGACGCCAAAAAUACCUCCAAUAAUUUAUGGAAAAAUUUAGUUUUCUAUUUAAACGCAGCUGUGCCACCAUUGCGCGACAUUGCGGGGUGGAAAAAGGUUUGGGCAGACUAUAAGAUUCACUUAAAGGCAAAAAUGCGACGAAACAAAAAUAAUAUUUCGAGAACUGGAGGUGGUCCCUCACUUUUCAUACCCUUAUCACAGUUAGAGCAACAAGUGAGUGAGUUAUUGUCAAUAGAGGAAUCAAUAAAUGGAAUGAGUGGUACCUUGUCAUUCGGUGCAGCUACAAGCAGCAUGUCGGAGGUAAAUGCAGACCCUACCGAACCAAAUACACAAAACAGGGAACUACCACAAUGUUCCAAAGCGGCAUGCACACCUCACAAAAAACAGCAGACUCCUCUUAAUACACAAGAAAAUGAACUACCACAUUGUUCAAAUGUGACGUACCCACCGCGCAAAAAGCAGCAGACUCUGCUUGAAAAUCAAGUCGAAAACCAAACUAUUUUCCACAAUAACUCGAUUAAAGUGUUCAUUAGUCCCCGAGGGAUGCCAGAGAAAAUAUUCAGCGACAACGCAAUCAAUUUCGUCGGCGUCCACCGUAAGCUGCGCGAGCUGAAGGAGGCCUUUCUAGCGCAAGUCCCAGAACUGAUGGUAUUCGCCGUCGAAGAAGGAUUCAGUUUCGGCUUUAUAACACCCAUGGCGCCACACUACGGCGGCGGUGAAAUCUGCCAAGCAUCUGGUCGUUCGCGCACUCGGUAA